AUGUCACAAUCAAGCAGACCAACCCCCCCAACGACAACUACCACUCAAACCGAGUCUCCUCAGGCUGAACUGACAAGACAUGGCUUACCUAUCACUGGAACAUUGAUACUACGUGGCGAACCAUCCACGAGAGAAUUAGCGCCUGCGGAAAGGAGGGGCAUAAGAUGGGCCGAUGAUGUUGUGAAUAACGAAGGGCAGGGAAAGAAGAGCUCCAAAGUCUGCUGUAUAUACCAUAAACCUCGUGCCGUUGGAGAGAGCAGCUCCGAAUCGGAUUCCUCUGAUUCGGAUUCGCCUGGAAGUGAUAGCGAAGUAGAUAGUGGGGAGGCCGGAGUCGCAAAAGGCCGAUCUCGCGGCUGCCGGUCGCAUAACGAUAAUAGCCAUGAUCAUGAUAAUUGCCACAAUGAUGGCCCUUCGAAUACGGACUCUGGUUUAAAACCACCAGAGAGAAAGCCGAAACGAAACGCUUAUGAACGGGUUCCAAAUUAUAACAAGAAAGGGGAAGAUGUUAAAAAAGAAAAUUGA